CUGGGUUUGGCUCGUUUUCACUCUGGUACUACAUCUCCAACUUCAGUUACCCCGCCUACCACCACUGCCCUGAAAUGUGAUAAUGGAGGGGAAAACGUAAACGGUGUCUGCCUCUGUCCUGAUGAAUGGACUGGAGAGACAUGCUCAGAAGUAAAUUUCUGCGCAGCCCAACGAUUUGAAGGAUUCAGGUUCCCCCGUACACCCAUUGGUUGGUUCGCAUAUUCUGAUGAAAUAUGUGAAGUGGGAACAAGUGGCGCUGGAAAACCUCAGGCUUCAACCAGAUGCUUGUUCAUGAGCGAAUCACCAGGUUUCAACACUCUACAUAUCUUCCAGUGUAACCUGACACUCAGUGAUAUACAACAAAAUCUGACCAGUCCAGCUGAUUUAGAGAUGCUGGCAACCAGCACUCAGAUUCUGACAUCCAACCCAGAAGAGCUGACGGCCGAAAAUGUUACGGCAGCGGCUGAGAUCGCCAACACACUGCUGCUGUCUGCAAACGCCACAGAGAGUGUCAGAGUGGCAGCAGUAGCAACGGUCAGUCAGCUGCUGAACACCACUGUAUCAGAUGACACAGAGGAAAACAACACAACUCUGGGGCUGACGGUGACUCUGGACCAGCUCUCAGUGAACCUCAGCCUCAGUCUCAAUGCAUCUCAAUCUCAGGUGGUUCAGCCAAACCUGGUGGUCCAGUCGGCACAGAUCCCUGCUGCAAACACUCAGGGAGUCCAGUUCACUUCUCUUAGAGGGACAUCUGGCAGUUUUGUAGCUGAGAGAAUUCAGCUGAACACAAAUGCAACACAGGUUGUGGUGGAAAACGGUUUCAUAGCUGAUGCCCUCAUUUAUGUAAGAUUCCCUCAAGGCAAAGGUGUCAGAAGUCGUCAGACAGACUCAAACGUCUCUCUGGGUUUCGUUCUCUAUCAGAACGAUCGUUUCUUCCGUUCAAAACUCUACUUGAGGCGACGGGCCACCAUCAGGGUCCUGUCAGCCAGCGUCAGAGGGCAGGAACCCAACAUGGUGCCACAACAUGUGGAGAUGAUGUUCAGGCCAAGAAACAUAAGUGGGACGUCUCUGUACGACUUCUCUUGUGUUUUCUGGAACUACAGUCAGAAGGACUGGAGCACCAGUGGUUGCUCUAAAGGAAACACUUCAGAUGGACUCAUGAGGUGUUUCUGUAACCACACCACCAACUUUGCUGCUCUCUGGUCAUACAGAGAGAACUACGAGUAUGCAGAAGCUCUGGGUGUGAUCUCCAUUGUGGGACUUUCUCUUUCUAUUCUGGGUUUGGUUGUGACGAUCAUUUAUCACAUUAAAGAAAACUUCUUCAGCAAGUCUCAUGGGCAGCCAAGUAACUUGAAUUCAAAGCUGGCUCUGCUGUGCAUCUACCUCAGCCUGCUGGCCUUCAUCAUCACCUUCCUCUCUGGAGUCCAAAACUCCAGCAGACAGAACGACACUAAGGUGCAGAGUGAUGAUCGGAUCAACAACAUCUUGAACUCUGAUGAACACAUAGAACCAGACCGCGGCUCGUGUACGGCUGUAGCAGCUCUGCUGCACUUCCUCCUGAUGGCCACCUUCAUGUGGAACAGUGUAUACAGCACUCAACUGGUGCUGCUGGUCCGGUCAAUGCGCCGCAGCCUGCCAACACACUGGACUCCACUGAGUGUGACUCUGGGAUGGGGAAUGCCAGCGUGUUUCAUGGUCAUCACACUGGGGGUGAGCUACAGGGUGGACAAUCCGCUGGGAUAUAGACAAGAGGAAUUUUGUUGGCUGGCAGCGUUGGAUAAGAACAAACAGUUCAACUUUGGAAAACCGAUGUUUUGGGCUUUCCUUCUUCCAAUCGGCCUGAUCCUGAUUUACAACAUCGUCCUGUUGGUUAUUACCUCCAUGACUACAUGCAAAGUUGAACCCAGACUGACCAGCAACAAGAAGUCAUCUUUAAGCAGGAAGUUCCUCAUUAGUUUAUCUCUGGCGGUGUUACUCGGUCUGUCCUGGACUCUGGGAUAUUUCGUGCUGCUCAGUUCAGAAAAAACACACCUGAUCUUCAGCAUUUUGUUCUACAUCUGUACAACCACACAGGGUUUACAAAUUUUCCUCCUCUUCACAGCUCGAACACGGGCCUUCAGAACCUCCAUGUCACGGUCCAUGCAGUACAUUUCCUCAAUCAACAUCCCUCUGAACAACACAAAGUACAAUCUGUGGAAGAAGUGGAAUACCUGGAAUAUGAGCCAAUCAGAGACCUACAGGGAUCUGAGUGACAUCGAAAUGACCACCAGCAAAACCCUGUAGGACCUGAGGAGGACUUACAAAAAAGCCUCUUGCAGUAAAAACUUGUCAUGUUGACAAGGAUUACAUGCAUACAUCACAAUGAAAAUUCAUAUUUUUCAGUGUAAGCUAAUAGCUGGGAAUAUUGCUGAAGUCUCCUGGAUGAGCUUCUGAUUUUUUAAUUGUAUUUUUGACUGACUGAACUGCAUUUCCCAGAAUUUCCAACAUGCUGUUCUGCCAUCAGAGGAAGAAGCGGUUGGAUUUCCUGACUGCUUUGACAGUCUCUCGUUCUCUACAUGAAAGACGACAGAGAUGACAUAGAUUAUAAAGACUGCUCUUCUAUGCACUUUCUAUCCAAAAUUAUGAUCCUAAGUUGGCAUUUUUCCUUCACAGCUAUCUAUAAGUUCACUGUAUCUUGUAUAAAAGACAAUGUUUUGUUCAUCACAUAAAUAGGCAACAUAAAUAAAUAUUUGUUGUCAGGUGGUAAAGUUAAUAUUUUAUCCAAUUCUUUACUUUCCACCUAUAAAUUAGAAAUACAAAAAUUGAAGGCUCUGAAAAUGUGCUGAGGUUUGUUCAUGCUUUUUGUACAAUACUGAUGCACUGUUAUUUUUAGUGUUUGUUUUUGUGCUGUUAUUUAUGUCCAGCAGAAACUCUUGUUUCUGUAUUCAUUAUGAAUUCAAGGUGCUGCGCUGGUGUCCAAGCAGCUCUUCAUACUGAUCUGAAGUGAUUAAUGAUGGUGAAUGUGUCUUUUUAAAAACUGGUGACCCAGCUGGACAAAGCAGUGAUCAUUGCUGCCUCCAGGUGGUGACAGUUAGUUUGUUUUGACUUCAAAGUUCACAGCAGAGCUGAAUGAUAAACGUUUUAUUUUACCAGAGAAUAAUGUUUAUCAUCAUUUAAAUUGUACUGGAAGCUUUUGAAAUGUUGGAAAUGUCACACCUUUUAAUUUUAAAAUUGCACUUUUUUCUUUAAUGAAUUACAGUUAUUUGUAUUUUAAGCUUUGGCUUGUGUCUGAAAACAUUUAGCUGUCCACUAAUUUCAGAUUUGCAGCCUAAAAAGUAUUAUCAACACUUUGAAAGGAGCCAAUCUGCAUUUCUACUCGAAGUUUUGAGCCUUUAAUUUGUCAUUUUAAUUUUAAAAGAUUUGUCUUUAGUGGCGUAUUGUUAUUUCGUUAUGUUGUCUACUAAUCCAACAGCUUGUGGUUUAAUAUGAAAUGUGAAGUUUUUGAUAUGAUUUUUGUAUUGAACAACUUUGUGACAGAAAAAUGACACUUAAUUGGAGAACAUAGUUGUCUUUAAAAACUGAUUUCCACUUUAAAUAAUUUUUUGUGUUAUUUUGUUUGCUGUCUUUUUUAUUUUCUUUCUUAUACUCUAAUGUGGUCUUCAUGAUUUAACAGUUCACUGGCAUAAACAGGUUUUUCAGUGUUCUGUAAUGGAAAUGGCAGAAAUAUUCUUUUUUACAUUAUAUAUUCUUAUUUUAAAAGGUCUGAAUUAUUUCUAAAUCUUCUAAAGUUAUUACUAAAAACUUUAUUUAAAUAAUUCCUCCACGGUGCUGUAAGACACAUUGCCAGUUAUUGCAAAUGCUUGAUUGCAGUUAUUGCUUCUAAAACCAGUUAUUAGGUGCAACUAGUUAUUAGGUUUAGGGGGCAAUCACUUUUUCAUACAGGGCCCUUAAUAAUAAAUGCCUUCAUUUAAAAACUGGAUUUUUGUUUACUUGUGUUAUUUUUGUUUAAUAUUAAAUUUUUUGAUGAUCUGAAACAUUUAAGUGUGACACGAUAUAUACAGAACCUCAUAUGGGUAUUUUGCAAUCGCUACAUUUAUACGUUUACAUAUCACAGCAGUACUGCUGUAUAUCAAAUGAUCAGCGGAUGUCAGUACAUCGUGCAUUGUAUGAUUUACCUUUUGGUGGGAAAAAAAAUUCACAGGCAUUUAUCAUACCAUCACUAGUUGUGAGAGUCCCAGUCACCAGGGGCAAGGGUUUCCUCUAUCCACAGUUUCCAGUAGAUGUCUGUAGACGAUGCAUGUCAGACAUGACCACUUUUGUAACACUUUUAUUCUUGGCUGCAGCGUUCCAGCUGCCAGCCACACAUACACCAACAACUUCAGUCAGGACCCAGUACAGACUUAAAUGCAGGGGAAGUGUGAUGAGCUCUGCCUCCCCACAGCUGCGCCACAGAUCCACCACAAUGUCUUAAAUAGAGAAGGUGUUGAAGCUUUGCUCUGAUUUCAAAGAAAGUGUUAUGACCCAGGUCAUGAUUUUGUGUGUUGCUUUUGCUCGCCACACCUGAGGGUGGCGUUGUUUGUUCUCUGUCUUGUUUGCUAAGAAACAUCUCCAAACUGCGAACUUUGCUGUCUAAAUCUGAGUUGGAAAUGGUUAUUCAUGCUUUUAUUUCAUCUCGCUUAGAUUAUUGUAACAACCUUUUUCUUUGUUUGAGCAAAAGGAAUCUUGACCGUGUCCAGUUAGUCCAGAAUGCUGCUGCAAGGCUUUUAACUAAGACGCGAAAAAGAGAGCACAUUACACCAGUGUUAUGUUCAUUACACUGGCUUCCAGUACAUUUCAGAAUUCAUUUUAAAA